UGCUGGCACAGCCGCGACUUGAGCUCUUUGCCAAUUGCAUUUCACAUUGCAGUUUAUUGAAUAGUUCGUGUUUUGAGUGCAGAAUGCUAACGAUGUCGCCUACACCAAAAUAUUUAGAAGACGUGAUCAGUGAGACCGACGAAAAUAAAAGUGAUAAGAAAGACUUUCCUUAUAAGAUAACCAAAGUGGAUGACGAGAUAAACAAGGAUUUGUUGCAGUACUUUACAGGCGAACGGACAGGUUUUGUACAAGUGGGACCAAAGAAAUGGUUUUUCCCUUCCGGGUACGAGAAAAAUGCGGGGCACUACUACAAUUUUCAAAUCAGACCUGAUGAUGUUUUUAUAGUAACGUUUCCCAGAUCAGGAACCACCUGGAUGCAAGAAAUGGCAUGGCUAUUAGCCAAUGACUUGAAUUACCAAAAAGCUACGGAAAUACCUCUAGUACAUAGAUUCCCAUUUUUAGAGUUUAGUUCGUUUGUUCAUAAAGAAACCAAAGACGAGUUCCUAAAGGAAAAUGCUUAUGAUGAGGAGAGAUACCAACAAGUGCAAAACAUAGAUUUUCCUGCUUGGAAAAUGUUGACGGAAAUGUCGGGGAGAAGGUUCAUAAAAACACAUCUGCCCUUCAGUUUAUUACCUCCGAAUUUGCUAGAAGUAGGAUGUAAGGUCAUCUAUAUAGCUAGAAACCCAAAAGAUGUGGCUGUAUCUUUUUACCAUUUAAACCGCUCAAUCAGAACUCAGGGUUAUGUUGGAGAUUUCCCAAGAUAUUGGAAUUACUUUGAAAACAACUUACAACCAUGGACGCCUUAUUGGGAACACAUAAAAGAAGGAUGGAGUCGAAGAAACGAACCGAAUCUCUUGUUUUUCUUCUACGAAAACAUAAGCAAGGUGAAUUUGAAAGGCAACAUCGAAAAAGUGUCCAAAUUCCUAGGAAAAAGCUACUCGCUUGAACAAUAUGAGACUUUAGCUGAUCACUUGGACAUAGACAAUUUCAGAAAAAACAAAUCAGUCAACUACGACAUUCUGAAGAACCUGGGGGUUCUGAUCAAGGGCGAAGAGGCAUUUGUAAGGAAGGGUAAGAGCGGUGGAUGGAAAGACUACUUCGACGAGGUCCUCAACGCCAGGGCUGACCGCUGGAUCGAGGAGAAUUUGAAGGACACUGAUUUGAGAUUUCCAAGUACAGUUUAGAAAAGUGUAUAGUUACGUAAAUUUGUUGGUUGUUAAUUGUUAUAACAAAA